AUGGCCAAUCCACACCAAUACGCUCUUGAGCCGGCCGCUCUGGCUUUUGCGGAAGCGACCUCGAAGCCGCCUUUUCUCUACCAGAUUCCCCCGGAAGAUGGCCGCAAGGCCGUCGAUGCGGUGCAGGAUUCCGAAAUCUUCAAGCCUGAUGUCGACGACAAGUGGAUUGAGGUCAACAGCGGCAAAUUCGGCAAGGUCGCUACACGCAUCCUGAAGCCUAAAGGAGUCGAUGGAGUGCUACCAGUGGUGCUCUACACGCAUGGGGCUGGCUGGGUGUUUGGCGACGCGCACACCCAUGAUCGUCUCGUCCGCGACCUAUGUGUCGGAACAGGUGCCGCGGUUGUCUUCCCCGAGUACACUCGAGCCCCAGAUGCCCAGUAUCCGGUACAGAACGAACAGGCAUACGCAGUAGCGAAGUGGGUUGUCGAGCACGGAAAGGACGAGGGCCUCGAUGGAACCCGCAUGGCCAUUUCAGGCGACUCUGUGGGAGGCAACAUGGCCAUUGUAUUGCCCAUCAUGGGUAAAGAACGCAAGGAAGUUUCAUUCAAAGGUGUAGCCGCCUUUUAUCCCGUUACCGAGGCCAACUUCGACACGGGGUCGUACAUCGAGUUUGCUGAUGGUUACUUCCUCUCCCGCCAAGGCAUGAUUUGGUUUUGGGAUCAGUAUACAACCGACGAGAAGCAGCGCGCCGAAAUCACAGCUAGCCCACUGAAGGCAACCGAAGAACAGCUCGCCUUCUUCCCACCGACUCUGAUCAUCACUGCCGAGUGCGACGUGUUGCGCGAUGGCGGAGAGGCUUUCGCCGCUAAGCUUCGACGUGCAGGCGUGAAGGUCACUGCGGCUCGCUAUGGCGGCAUUAUCCACGAUUUCGUCAUGGUGAAUUCAAUGCACGACACCCAGGCGUCGAAGGCCGCUAUCGCCCAAGCGAUCACCCAUCUCCGCCAAGUUCUCUUGGCUUAA